AUGUCAUUUGGGAUUAUUGCUCACAUCUAUAUCAGAGCCCCUUUCAUUGUUUACCCCGAGAAAUACUCGAUUGGAUCUCAAACCUCCAAUCAUAAUGGUUCGAACACUUGCUUCACUCUAUCCGGAUCUCAUCCUAUUGUGAUACUGGAUUAUGGCAAUGAAGUGGGUGGUUUUCCAUUGUUUCAAGCUCAGUCCCUGUCAGGGCCAGUUCAGAUAGAGGCCAAAUACACCGAAGCUAGAAAUGGCCUAGAGAGUUCAUCUGGCGAUGGCCCUUGGACAUUUUCGAAUGGUCUAGCGAAUACCUUCCGGAUCGAGACAUUCAAUGUCACUGCGUCCGGAAAAAUAGAGUCUUAUUUUAUUCAAGGAGGCUUACGCUGGCACCAACUACGUUUACUCACUGAACAUGGCAAUGUUCGCAUUUGCGGCGUUGCCAUUCGCUCCUUCAAUGAUCGAGCUCCUAUUGAUCAACUGCCCGGCUAUUUCGAAAGUUCAAACUCUGUUUAUAACAAGAUAUGGGCGCUUGGUCCCCGAACUGUUCAACAAGCUUGUAUUGAGCAGAAUGCGGCACCUUCGACGUGGGAGAUCACCAGUGACGGGGCUUUUUUGCGUGGGCAACAGUCAGCCCAGUCAGCAUUAGGAUCCUCCUAUGCCAACUAUACGAUGUCGUUCAGCACUAAGAUCGUACGCGGAGGCACUGGUUGGAGAGUUGCCAGCGGCUUACUGGGGUUCGGCCCCUCUUUCGUUCUCACCAGUGAUUAUCCAGACUCAACAUUCCUCAACACCAACCGAACAAUUGUUCCAGCAAACAAGCUUGCAGUUGCUUAUGGGUAUAAUUUGGUCAAUCAAACGAGCUUGGAAGGGGGCCCUGUCUCAUAUUAUCCGCUGCCAUUCAAAAUCGAAGAGGGACAGUGGCUCCGCGUCUCAACGACGAUCAAGCCAACCGGCUAUGACGUUUCUAUAAACAAUACUUUCGCAGCUCACGUCCCAUUUUCUGCCCUUCAACCAACCUACAAUUUUCUUGCCGGAUCAGCAGAUAGGUACACAGGCACUUGGGGAUUUGGGCCAUACCAAGAUCAGGCGGCAUUGGUGAAGGAUGUCGAGGUUCGAUCCAUCAACGGCACCAUCCUUUAUAAAAAUGCGUUGACCGAUGUAUCUGUUCUCGAAGAAUAUGGAGUCAUGCCAAACAAACACUCGGUUUGCUUGGAUGGUGCCAAAAGAGACAGACUUGUCUGGUCUGGAGACUUCAGCCACACCUUGCGCGUUAUUGCUGCAAGUACGCAGAGAGAUGAUUUCAUUAAUGGCACCCUAGCCUAUCUCAUUGACAGGCAAAUAGCCUCUGGCGAAUUCAAAGGGUACUUUUCAAUGUCACCUGCACUGGGCCAAUCUUCCAAAUAUACUUCGAUCUACAACUCUGCCGGUCUCCAGGACUACCAAAUGCUCUUCCUGAAUGCAUUUGCCAGAUACUAUCUCGACUCGGGAAAUACAGCCUUCCUGCAAAAAUACUGGCUGCAGGUCAAGGCCGGGGUAGAGGCAAUCAUUCCCCUCGUUGAUAGCUCUUCAGGUCUGGCAUCGGGGUCCUUUUUCCUAGGAGAUAGCAACGGGACCGCCGCAUCUUCUCUUAUGGUCUAUACCCUCAAUCGUAUGGCCACAAUUGCGGAAUUUGUAGGAGAAAUAGAUACAUCGAAAACAUGGAAGUCUAUUGCUACAGGCAUGCACAAAACGAUCAAUAACAAACUUUGGAACGACAAACUCGGGACCUACGGUGACAGCAUAUCGUCUCCCAAUCAAAUCUCUAUUGCCAGCAUCGCAUGGGCCAUCCUCGCAAACGUCGCCAAUUCUACCCAAGCCGAAUCUUCCAUUGCAGCUCUUACCACCCUCCGAAACGGGAUCGGCUACAAGACCAGCUCCGACGACGAAUCCAGCGCAGAGCUUUCCCCUUUUAUAUCUGGCUUCUUACUCGAGGCAAUCCUUCAACAUUCUCGGACUAGUACCAAUCACUCCUCUUCUACCGCUUCCGCAAUCUCAACCCUGCUAUCUCAAUUCUGGCCUGCUAUGAUCACCAAUGAGGAAUACUCCACCGGUACCGCCUGGGAGUACAUAUUUCCCGAUGGGCGACCAGGAUUAGACCUGUAUACCUCUCAUGCGCAUCCCUGGGGAGCCGCUCCAACCUUUGUUUUGACUGAAUAUGUUUUGGGUAUUCAGUCUGCAGCACCCGGUUUCUCUGAAUGGACCUUCGAACCUGCGGUACUUACCUCUGGUGUUUCAUGGGCAAAGGGCAGAGUCCCUACUCCCCAUGGAUCUAUUCAGGCAAGCUGGAAAAUGAACAACCAAACGGAUGAGAUUUAUAUUAAAGUUUGUUAUCCGCAGGGUACUAGUGGAACUAUCAGACUGCCAUUCGCUGUGAAAUCGUGCAAGAUAGAUGACAAAAAGCAAAGUGUUGGGUCAUCUCAUGUUGAGCUGCAAGUGAGAGGUGGGAAAUGUUCGAAUAUCAUACUGUCGCUUGCAAAAUCUCUAUGA